UCUCUCACAAUCUAAUGGAUGUUGUUAUAGUCUCUCACAAUCUAAUGGAUGUUGUUAUAGUCUCUCACAAUCUAAUGGAUGUUGUUAUAGUCUCUCACAAUCUAAUGGAUGUUGUUAUAAUCUCUCACAAUCUAAUGGAUGUUGUUAUAGUCUCUCACAAUCUAAUGGAUGUUGUUAUAGUCUCUCACAAUCUAAUGGAUGUUGUUAUAGUCUCUCACAAUCUAAUGGAUGUUGUUAUAGUCUCUCACAAUCUAAUGGAUGUUGUUAUAGUCUCUCACAAUCUAACGGAUGUUGUUAUAGUCUCUCACAAUCUAAUGGAUGUUGUUAUAGUCUCUCACAAUCUAAUGAAUGUUGUUAUAGUCUCUCACAAUCUAAUGGAUGUUGUUAUAGUCUCUCACAAUCUAAUGGAUGUUGUUAUAGUCUCUCACAAUCGAAUGGAUGUUGUUAUAAUCUCUCACAAUCUAAUGGAUGUUGUUAUAGUUUCUCACAAUCGAAUGGAAGUUGUUAUUCUCUGACAAACAACGCUGAAGCCUGA